AUGCAGAACCAAGAGAUCUCUGGAUGUAUGGGACCAGACAACCAAACAACUGUGUCAGAAUUCCUCCUCCUGGGCCUUUCUGAGCAUCCAGAGCAGCAGCUGCCCCUCUUUGGGCUCUUCUUGGGCAUGUACAUGGUCACUGUGGUUGGGAACCUUCUCAUCAUCCUGGCCAUUGGCUCUGACUCCCACCUCCACACUCCCAUGUAUUUCUUUCUUUCCAACUUGUCCCUGUUGGAUGUCUGUCUAGUUACUACCUUGGUCCCCAAGAUGCUGGUGAACCUCCUAACACACAAUAAGGCCAUCUCAUAUGCUGGAUGCUUUGCUCAGAUGUACUUCUUCAUUGUUUUUGCUUGUUCAGACAAUUUACUCCUCACCGUGAUGGCCUAUGACCGCUUUGUGGCCAUCUGUCACCCUCUACAGUAUGUCACUAUGAUGAGUCCACGCAUUUGUGGCAUCUUGGUUCUGAUGGCAUGGACUAUUAGUCUUCUAAACUCAAUUCUCCAAAUUAUAAUGGUGAUGCAGCUGUCCUUCUGCACAGAACGUGGAAUUUCCCACUUUUUCUGUGAUAUCAGUGAGGUUAUGAAAAUCUCUUGUUCUGAUACCCUCAUCAAUAAUAUCUUAAUAUAUUUUGUAACUGGUCUGCUAGGUGUUCUCCCUUUCACAGGGAUCCUUUUCUCUUACGGUCAGAUCUGUUCCUCAAUAUUGAGAGUUCCAUCACCUGGAGGAAAAUAUAAAGCCUUUUCUACCUGUGGGUCUCACCUCUCUGUUGUUUCAUUAUUCUAUGGCACUGGACUUGGAGUAUAUCUGAGUUCCUCAGCUACCCACUCCUCCUGGAAAAUCUCAGUUGCCUCCAUGAUGUACUCUGUGGUCACCCCCAUGCUGAAUCCUUUCAUUUAUAGUCUGAGGAACAAGGACAUGAAGGAAGCCCUGAGGAAGUUCGUUAGCAGAACAGGCUCUUCUAAAUGA